AACGUCAUCUUCCAGAAAAGAAAGCUCUCGCGGUUGAGCUCCUCAAGCAAACAUGUCUAAAGGCCCCAGAAGCCUCACAUACGGUAUCCCCGAUUCUCCCUCUCGCGGAGUGCUCAAUCGAUGCUAAUACCACGCUACAGAAAUGGAGGAACCCGCCUUCCUCCGGCGGCUCCGACAACAGCAUUCCGGCACCGGCGGCCCGGAACGAUAUAUUGCACCGCGGAACAAAAAACGACCUACGGAUGAAGAUGAAGAUGCACCUACGUAUGUGCUUGACGAAGGGUCUGGAGAGACACUGUCGAGGAAGGAGUUUGAGGCUAUGAAUAAUGGGGAAGUCGUAGGAGGGAUGGAAGGGGAAGAGGAGAGCGGUAUCAAAAUGCCCGGGGAAAAGGAGCCUGCGGCCGAGAGGGAGAACAUCACAGAGAUUGGUGGGAAGGGGAAGAGGCGGAAGGUUGCAAGGAUAAUUGGUGAUGGCGAUGACGAUGACGCUAUGCAGAAGGAUGAGAAUAAUGACAAGGGGAGCGGGAAGGAAGAAACCGAAAAGAAAAAGAAAGGAAGGGCGGGUGGGAGAGCCAAAAAAGCGGUCAAAUUGUCUUUCGACCAUGACGAGUGAUUCCGUUGGGGGUCCGAAACCUCAAAGUUCGAUUCUUCAAUUCUCCCUGGUUAAUUACUCGCGCAGGCUAAAUGUUAUCAUUUCUUGGGACGCCCAAUGGGCUCGAGCUGUGGGUUGCGAUCUGGAGAGACUCCUGCGUUAAGAUAGUCGGAGCCGCUUGUAUGGGUCUCCUGAUGGAUCCAUUGAGGGUUGUCAGCGAGAGCAUUUGCUGUACUCGUACUGGAGAUUAGUUGCGUUUGAGAGGAUUGCGGAGGAUUGCGGUAGUUUAUAGAACCGCGGCUGAUUAUGGGAGGUCGGAUUUCGAACGCAAGGCUUUCUCGGGGGCACCGCAAUGACCAAAGCUGGUUGUGCCCAGCUACUGUCAGGAGGUUACGGUGAGUCGAGUGAAAGCCAAGAGCCACCAGGCUGUCUCUCAUUAGGUUAUGUAUUAGGCCGUGCUGGACUUCUUGUCUUCGUCAACGGGAGACCUACCGCUAUGGCGCCGGCAUCUAAGGCCGGGGGGCCUGGGAUGUCUCCGGACGUCUGCUCCGCUACGCAAUUGCUUAAGGAAUGCUGUAAAUCUGAGACGCACGAAGAAUUGUUCUGGGAAAAGUGACCCAAUAACGCAUCCACUGUCCAUUCUUGAUCCUGGCGUCUGGUAAAAAUGUCGACCGGGUAUAUCAUAGUGCACUUGCAC